AUUGCUGACAAAGAAGCAGUUAAUGAGAAAACUGUUGCAAAAGAUAAAAAACAUGGUGCAAAUACAAAAGAAAGUAAAUCGGAAGGCUCAAAAAAAGAUGGUGAAUCAAGCAAGAAAAAAAAGAGCAAGAUUUGUGAGGAAUGUGGAGCUAAAAAAGGUUUGAAAUUUCAAGUGCUGUUUCAAGGAAAAACUAGAUUUUUAUGCUCUGACACAUGCUUCAAGAAUUUUAAAACUAAACAAAAAGCAGGGAAAUCGGCUACUGAAGAAGCACCUAGUAUACCAAGCUCUGUACCUGCUGCAGGUGAUAAAUGUGGUCAAUGCCAGAAAGAAUUCCAAGCUGGUCAAGGUUAUUAUCCUGUGAUUGGUGAAGUGAAGCCAUUAUGUUCUGAAGACUGUAUAAAAAAGUACUAUGAAGGAAAUGAACCACCUAGGAAGUGCUCUCAGUGUAAAAAAGAUAUCGAAGAUCUUCAGAAUCUUCUAACUUGGGAAACAAUGGACUUUUGUAAUGAAAACUGUUUAGGAAAGUACCAGUCAUAUCUGGGCAGUCAUUGUACUUGUUGUCAAUCUCCAGUUCAGCAGUCAUCGCUUGGAAAAUACUGUGUGUGCUUUGGGGCUGAUAUUCGGCAGUUUUGUUCUGGCAGUUGCUUAGAAGAUUUUAAGAAAGGCUUAAAGGUGUGCAGCUUCUGUCAAACUGAUUUAUCAGCUGGUAUUGAUGGUUUCCUUGCUCCAGUGGGAGAUAAAGGGCAGUUUAAAGACUUUUGUUCACAACGAUGUAUGGAACGUUAUGAAAUAAUGAAUAACAUUUCCAAAACUGCUCCUCAAUCCCAAGAGUGCUUUCAUUGUAAAAAACAAGGGAGUUUCAAAAUUCAGGUCAAACAUGAAGAUAAAUCUUACUCAUUAUGCUGUGAUAACUGUGUUGCUGGAUUUCGUUGUUCAUUCAAGAUAAAGGAAAAUAUGUGUGAUACAUGUUAUAAAUUUUUCAAACCCAUUGCUGAUGAAUUUUCAUUGAAACUUGAUGGACUGCAUAAACAUUUCUGCACUAAAGCCUGCAUGACUUUAUUUGUUCUAUCUCAUCGUAAAAUUGUCCCUUGUAUUUGGUGUAAGGUUAAAAAGUAUAAUUUUGAUAUGAUUGAAAAGACUGAUGGAAAUGGACAGACCCAAGUAUUUUGUUCAUUGAAUUGUUUGUCUGUAUAUCGAGUCAGCCUCAAUGCAACAUCGUCCAAGAGCAUUCGUUGUGAUAACUGUGCUAAAAAUCUUCCUGCACAAUAUCAUCUAACCAUGAGUGAUGGUUCCAUCCGAAAUUUUUGUACUUACCAAUGUUGUAUAUAUUUUCAAAAUCAAUUUACCAAUGUCCCUGCUCUGACAACUACAUCAACAACACGUCAGACGUCUACAUCUGCACAAGCAGCAAAGACUACUGCAUCUGCUACCAGCAGUCCUGUAAUAUCUAAUGUUAUUUCUCUGGCAUCAGCUACUAGAUCUGUAGCUCCAGGUUUAGUUAACAAGUUAGUUCCUCAGAAGCUCGUCACUGCUCGUCAACAAGGACCUGUAACUGUCAUUGCACCCAAGUCACAAAAUGCAUCAUCUACAAUUACCUCACCAUCUACGUCAAAUGCAAUGGCAAGUACAUCAGGAACUCAAGUGGUUAGAGAAGUCGUUGUAAAACCCCCAGCACCUAAAUCAGUGAAAAAUAAAACUGUAUCAUGUAAGCCAAUUAUGCAGACCAAAGGUGUUUCAUGCAAACCUCAUCCUUGUCAUAAAGCUGUUCAGACUGAUGAGAGUCCAAAGCCAAUUUUCUUUCCUAUACCUGUGCCUGUAUAUGUUCCAACUCCAUUACACAUGUUUUCUCGUCCGGUUCCAUGCCCAGUACCAUUUCCUGUGCCAAUACCUAUACCCAUUAUGGUAGCCACAUCUAAGGAGUCACCCAGUCAAGUUAUAAAGCAUCUGAAAGAUAUACAAGAGAAAAUACCUUCAAACCCAUAUGAAGCUGAACUGUUGAUGAUGGCAGAAAUGGUUGCUGAAGAUGGAAGUAAAACUCAAAAAGAGCAAAAUUUACCUGAAGAAACCAAUAAUAAUAAAACAAACGAAGAAAAACCACCCACUGAAAAUAAUAUUCAAACUUCAGAACCUGUCAGUCAAGAACUUGUUUGUGUAGAUGUGACACAAGAACAAAAUGUUCCAAAUGCGGAAUCCGAAGUAGAAGAUGAAUAUGCAUUCAAAGAUAACAAAAGUCAUCACAGUAAAAGAAGUGCUGGAUCACAUGGUAGAAAAGGGCGAAAAAAGGCAAAAGUUGAUGAAAUUCCUGUGGAGGAAGUUGAGUCAAAUGCUGCUUCUGCUUUAAAUGAGGACCAGAACACAACGUGCCAGAAUGAUCAUCCAGAAACAUAUGCACGUUUAAAGCAUACUUUUGGAGUAAAUGCGUGGAAACAGUGGGUGCUUGAGAAAAAUAUGCAAAUGGAGAAAGGAUCGCAGUCUUCAAGGAAAUUCAAGCUUUUUAAAACAGAUCUUUUACAGCUUCCACCAGACGAAUUAAAUUAUUCAUUGAGUUUGUUUGUCAAAGAAGUUCGGAAGCCCAGUGGUGACAGAUACUGUUCUGGAAGCAUUUAUUAUUUGUGCUUGG